CAGGGAGUCUCCAGAAAUUAUUGCUGGUUUUCUGCCGUAAAUAUAUAUAUAUGUAUUUGUAUUUAAAUAUUUCGACUUUAUCAUUUGUGUUAACUCGUGAAGUCUAGUUCGCUUACUAACGUUGAAUUUUGUGCUGUCCUGUAUAUGUUUUCUUUAUUGGUUUGUUAACUCAUUUUUUGCUUUAUUCCUUUAAUUGCGCUUCUUUGUUUUAGCUUGAAAAUGAGUAGCGGAAUCUUUUUUAAGCUGAAUCCAGAUGGAACCUUUUCACUGUUCAAUACGGGCAACCCCAGCGAAGAUAACGAAAAUGAUAGUUCUAAUUCCGAUCCUCUAAGGCAUCCUGCACCACUGCCGAAUUUGCGGCUGCCAGCCGGGUUUAAGUUUGAUGUAAAAGCUCCGCUCCAGAUUUCAUUGGUGAACAUCAGUUAUGGACAGCUGGCUAAACAAGACGAGCCGAAGGAGUCAAGGGAUGUGACAAAACCUUGUUCAGAGAACAUCACGAAACCACCGACUACAGUCACUCCUACUACUACUACUCCUAAUACUCCUACUACUACUACUACUGCUACUCCUACUCCUACUCCUACUCCUACUCCUACUACUCCUACUACUCCUACUACUCAUACUACUACUACUACUACUACUACUACUACUACUCAUACUACUACUACUACUACUACUCAUACUACUACUACUGCUGAGACUACAACAAAGCCAUCUGAGCCCACGAAGCAAGAAUCGCUUUUGAAGAAGCGAUACCCUUUUUUGCCAAAUCGAAACAGUUUCCAGGGCAGGAGAAAUCUCGUCUGCUAUGAUGUUAUGAUGUCCUCGCCGUACAGCGAGAAAAUCCGGGACCUCGUGCAGUCCUGUGGCCCUAAAGAGAAUCUUGAAACGUUGGCAAAAAUUGUAGAUCUGCUAUGAAUUAUGUCUAACAACCGCACCAAACCAAAACAUCGACAUCCAAACAACUGAUCUUACACUCGCCUUUACACACAUUUUUUCCAUAUAUGUUUAUAGUUUUAUUUGUUCUGAACAUAUCUGCACGUUGCAUUAAGAACAUAUGCAUUUAUUUUUUUUUUAAUGUUUCGCUUGAAUCACUAUUUCAUUAUAGAAAGUUUAUAGCUUUGUUUGUCCUAAGUAUACUGCACGUGGUUGAUAACGGAAUAUAUGUGCUUUCUGUAAAUGAAUUUAUAAUUCUGUGAAAUAAAUUUAAGUCCACACCUAAUU